AACAAGAAACACUUACCAACCUAAGCGUUGGUAGAGAAAAGUUAAUUCACAAUGAGAUCUUAUGCUAAGAUGGGGCCUUCAGCCCAUCUCAUUUCCGCUCUAGGAGUUAUCAUCAUGGCAACAAUGGUUGUUGCUUAUGAGCCAUACACAUAUAGUUCUCCACCACCACCGUAUUCUACACCAUCUCCUAAGGUUGAAUACAACUCUCCCCCACAACCAUACGUUUCUCUACCACCACUACCGUAUAUCUCUCCAUCGCCUAAGGUUGACUAUAAAUCUCCACCACCUGUAUACAGUUCCCCACCACCACCAUACUACUCUCCAUCUCCAAAGGUUGAGUACAAGUCUCCUCCUCCACCAUAUGUCUAUAACUCCCCACCACCCCCAUACUACUCUCCAUCCCCUAAGGUAGACUACAAGUCUCCUCCACCACCAUAUGUUUACAGUUCCCCACCACCACCAUACAACUCUCCAGCCCCUAAAGUUGCCUACAAGUCUCCUCCUCCACCAUAUGUCUACAGCUCCCCCCCACCACCAUACUACUCUCCAUCCCCAAAGGUUAUAUACAAGUCUCCACCUCCACCAUAUGUCUACAGCUCUCCACCACCACCAUACUACUCUCCAGCCCCUAAGGUUGACUACAAGUCUCCUCCACCACCGUAUGUUUACAGUUCCCCACCACCACCAUACUACUCUCCAUCGCCUAAGGUAGACUACAAGUCUCCUCCUCCACCAUAUGUCUACAGUUCGCCACCACCACCAUACUACUCUCCAGCCCCUAAAGUUGAGUACAAGUCUCCUCCUCCCCCAUAUGUCUACAGCUCUCCACCACCACCAUACUACUCUCCAACCCCUAAGGUUGACUACAAGUCUCCUCCUCCACCAUAUGUCUACAGCUCCCCCCCACCACCAUACUACUCUCCAUCCCCAAAGGUUGUAUACAAGUCUCCACCUUCACCAUAUGUCUACAGCUCUCCACCACCACCAUACUACUCUCCAGCCCCUAAGGUUGACUACAAGUCUCCUCCUCCACCAUAUGUCUACAGCUCCCCCCCACCACCAUACUACUCUCCAUCCCCUAAGGUUGUAUACAAGUCUCCACCUUCACCAUAUGUCUACAGCUCCCCCCCACCACCAUACUACUCUCCAUCCCCUAAGGUUGUAUACAAGUCUCCACCUUCACCAUAUGUCUACAGCUCCCCCCCACCACCAUACUACUCUCCAUCCCCUAAGGUUGUAUACAAGUCUCCACCUUCACCAUAUGUCUACAGCUCCCCCCCACCACCAUACUACUCUCCAUCCCCUAAGGUUGUAUACAAGUCUCCACCUUCACCAUAUGUCUACAGCUCCCCCCCACCACCAUACUACUCUCCAGCCCCUAAGGUUGACUACAAGUCUCCUCCACCACCAUAUGUUUACAGCUCCCCACCACCACCAUACUACUCUCCAUCUCCUAAAGUUGAGUACAAGUCCCCUCCUCCCCCAUAUGUCUACAGUUCUCCACCACCACCAUACUACUCUCCAUCCCCUAAGGUAGACUACAAGUCUCCACCACCACCAUAUGUUUACAGUUCCCCACCCCCACCGUCAUACUCACCUUCUCCAAAAACUGAGUACUAAGCUUCAUCCCCACCCUCGUAUUACUUGAAUAUGUAACUGGAAUUCUUUUAUAACCUAUUGAGUUUUAUUUGAUCUCAUCUUUCCUUUUCUUCUAAUGCUAUUUGUAUCCAAUAAUUUUUAAUUUUCUUGGUGUUGAUUCAAAUAUUUUUCUACAAAUGUUUCACAUGGUUUCAUGUUUGUUCUUUUAUUUGUGUAAAGGUUGCUUUCAAUCUAUAUGAAGUCCAUUGCAAUAAAUAUGUAAUCCUUUAACAUGUGUCUUGUAUAUGGAUUGCAUACUAAGUUGCAUGGAUUCUUUUAAUUCUAUUAUAUUUUCAAAGGUUAAGA